AUCUGGCCACACUGUCCGUUUGUUUAUAAGUUCCUUGCUGCAGUUGUGUUAUUGUUGUUAAUGUAAAUAUGCCGGAAUUUGAGAACUUUAACGUAAAAACCACAAUUGACUGCAAGCAAGGUGCAGUGCGAGCUGUGCGCUAUAAUGUUGAUGGCACUUAUUGCUUGAGCUGUGGAUCUGACAAGAAGAUAAAGCUGUGGAAUCCGGCAUCGGGAUUACUGCUUAAGACUUACGGUGGUCAUGCGGAUGAAGUCACCGAUGCGGCGGGAAGCUGUGAUAGUAGCUUUAUAGUUUCCGCCAGCUUAGAUAAAAGCAUUAUCUACUGGGACGUGUCCACGGGAGCUCCAGUACGGCGCCUGCGUAGCCAUGCCGGAGGUGUUAGAUGCGUCUGCUUCAACGAGGACUCCUCGAUAGCCAUUUCCGGGGGUCGGGAUAAUGCCGUAAUGUGCUGGGACAUUCGAACGCGUCGCCUCGAUCCCGUGCAGGUGAUGAAGGAGGCCCGGGACUGCAUUACCACUGUGGCAACCAACGAGAAUCGCAUCUACGCCGCCUCCUUGGACGGAUGUGUGAGGACCUACGAUAUACGGGUGGGCGAACUAACCUGCGACAAGGUUGGUGAACCCAUCACUUAUCUGGCGCAGACGCUCGACGAGCAAUGUCUGGUGGCCGGCUGUCAGGAUAGUGUGGUUCGACUGCUGGACUGUGAGACCGGGGGAUUACUCUCCGAGUACCGAGGCCAUCGCGGCGAUGACUACCACAUCGAGUGCGGAAUACUGUCGAACGAUGCCCACAUAGUCACGGGCUCUAGUGAUGGAGACGCCUUUGUUUACGACCUGCUCGAAGGGAAAGUACUGCAGCGCAUUCGCAUAAGUGAUAAUGGCGGCGUCGUCCACUCCUUAGCCACUCAUCCCAAGCGACAGGAAAUGCUCUUUGCCAGACGUCGGGACAUGUAUGUCUUCUCGACAGAUUUGCAAAUCGAAGAGGAGCAAUUAUAGGUCUCAUAAUGCUGUAUAGUUUUAAAAAAAGCUAGUGAUAUAAAUAAUAUAGUUAUUAAAUAUAUAGACGCCUUCAGAAGCCCACCUUAAACUAUCAUAAAAAUAGCCCGCCAAAAUAAAAAUGUAUUGUUUUGUUGAGGGAAAAA